GCUUUGUUGACAUCCAGUAUGCAAUCGAUUGGAGGACAGGAGAAUGAUACCCGGUUUCCGAGAAGCAGUAGCAGCUGCAGUUCUUCUACCUCACCGUUUUGUUCUGUCGGACUAAUAUUGCAGAACAACAACAAUGCUCCCACGAUCGGAAGUAGUUGUAGUAAUACAAAUACGCUACUCGUUCCUCACCCUCAAGGUUCUCA